AUGCCGAGGACAGCGGCGUUGUCGCGGCGCCGUGGAGGCUUCACUUCGAAUGCUCAGAGGAUGAUAGCCGUGUGCGUGGUUGGAGCAUUGUUGCUGUCCAGCGGGAGUGCCUUCGCAAAUUCGGUGCAAGGAGGGUUGUUGCGUCGGAGCUUGAACGCCGUCGUCGAUGAAGCCAUCACCGGAACAGUGACCAGAUGCACGGGUAAAGCCGCCCAAGUCAGCGUGGAGGAGCCAGCUCCUAUCCCAGUGACCGUGUCAGAAAACCAGCUCUCUACAACCCUGGUGUGUGUCGACACUGAGGUGAAAGAAGUACCGACUAACCUGACCAAGGUUUGCGUCACAAAAAAGGGGGCGACUGUAAAGUCGUGCGCCUCACAGCAGAGUGACACGAUCACGAUGAAGGCGCUUCUCGGGGAAAGCAGCAGUGCCACAUGGGCGCCAAAGACUGCAUCCAAUGCACCGGAGAAAACUUGGUCUCUGCAGCUGACAGCCGCAGACCUCCCCCUCACCGACAAAACCUUCUUCGUUGGUUGCCAGAAAUCUGCGGAUCAGGAAGCGACAUGCAAGGUCGACGUUACAAUAAAGGCCAGGACCUCUAAAGUUGACGGCAACGUUGUGACAUGCGCAUAUGGCUCGGACAGCAACCUCAAACCCCUAGAGGCAGAAAUGACACAGGAGCAGAACACCCUGACAGUUGCGUGCGGCAAAGAUGGUACUAUCACACCGAAGGCGUACGACGCCUACUACUGCGAGGACGCUACUUUGAAACCGUGUGCGAAGAGCUACAAGGAUAUUCUGCCUGCGUUUCAAGAGACGUGGUGGAAGCAGGAAGGCGGGGAGAACGCACCCUUGAAGCUGACGAUCCCGAAGGAAGGUUUUCCGGCGGAGGACAAGACGUUUUACGUUGGCUGCUCUCCGACGUCGACUACCGACCCGGAGAAAGUUUCUCGCGGUGGCGAAGGGGAGACUGAUGCGACCCCUGCAAUUAAGGGUCCCACGGCGUGCAAGGUGAUGGUGACCGUGAAGGCGGGUUCUGCUUCGCUUGCAGCUUCGGCUACGGAAACGGAAAUGAUUUCCGUUGUAUUUGGAAUUGCCGCUCUGACUGGCUUUUUCGUUGGCUCUGCUUGA